AUGGCUCGGUUGAAGCAAAUGGAGCUGUCCGCUCCAUUGGACUUGUCGCAUCACUUUUCCUCUACUGCAGUUCGGCGUGAGUCGAGUAAUCUCAAGAGAUUAUACAAGUACUAUGUCAUCCCGGGCAUGGGUAACCUCUCUGGCGGCAUGCCUCACGCUUCAUAUUUCCCGUAUGACACGCUAGAAGCUGCCGUUGCUCAUCCUCAGCGUCUCGGCCCUAGCCCGGACAACGGCAAAUCGGCGCCGGAGAAGGAUACAGAUUCACUAACCCGCGUGGUUGUCCCCAAAGAGAGCAAAACGGACGAUUUGGAAAAGAAAAUCGACAUCACCACUGCCUUGCAGUACGCCACGGCACAGGGAUUACCUCCUAUGGCAUCAUUCGUUCGGAAUUUCACAAGGGAGCAUCUGCACCCCAAUGUGCCGUAUGCGGGAGGUCCAGAAACUCUGCUCAGCUGCGGUGCGACCGAUGGAUUCAACAAAGUCAUCGAAACUCUCACAAACAUUUGGACUCCAGAUAGGGACUCGAUUCGACAGCGCGAAGGCAUCCUCUGCGAGGAGUUUGUUUACAUGAAUGCCAUACAAACAGCUCGGCCUCGUGGUCUCAACAUAGCCGCGGUCACCAUGGAUGACCAAGGUAUACUGGCAUACGGCAAAGGGGGUCUGGCUGAUGUUCUCGAACACUGGGAUUACAGCAAAGGACGUCGUCCGCAUUUGUUGUACACCAUCACGAUUGGUCAAAAUCCUACGGGAGGCACCAUGUCGGUCAAUCGCAGGAAAGAGAUCUACGCUCUAUGCCAGCGGUACGACGUUAUCAUCGUCGAGGACGAUCCGUAUUGGAAUUUGCAGUAUCCGUCUGCUCAAAGAAUGGCAGCUCGUUACCGUAACACACCCAUUGACGAGUCACCUACCACGCAAAAUUAUAAUGCUCACGGAAAAUCGUCCGGGUACCCGUUUUUGGACUCUCUUGUGCCAUCGUUUAUGUCUCUGGAUACAGAUGGACGAGUCAUUCGAUUGGACACUUUCUCCAAGACCAUUGCGCCUGGUUGCCGCUUGGGUUGGAUUACUGCACAGCCUGCCGUCAUCGAGAGGAUCACCCGUCUCACUGAGACUUCGACACAAUUCCCAUCCGGUUUUGUCCAGGCCAUGGUGUCGGGGAUGAUCCUAGGUCAACAAGGUGAUGAAGAUGUCAGUGGCCCCAAAAGUAAAAACAAAUCAGGCUGGAAGAUGGAUGGCUGGGUUCGCUGGCUUGAGGGCCUUCGAGGAUCAUAUGAGCGGCGCAUGCAGGCCAUGUGCAUCAGUCUUGAAGAAGGCAAGUAUGUCAUCAAAGGCGAUGGAUCAGAGCCCUCCGAGUCGAGCGAGGAAAGUGGUUGGGAGGUGAUUGACAAAGUUCAAAUGUACGACUUCACUUGGCCCAUGGGGGGUAUGUUUGUCUGGAUCAAGGUACUCUUCAAUACCCAUCCUCUGUAUGAGAAAUACUCGCCCGAAACGCUGUCCAAGGCGGUGUGGGUGCACAUGACCCAGGAGCCAUUUUUGUGUCUUAUGGUUCCGGGCGACUUGUUUGCGCCCUCAGAGGAGGCCUUGGAUCAAGCCUGGCAGUACUUCCGCCUGUGUUUUGCCCCGAUGCCUGAGAAGGAUGUGGCGGUCAUUACCAACAGACUGGUGGAGGGUUUCCGCGCAUUCUGGCAAAGGAAGGAUCUAGAUGGCUUGGAUGAUACUGAGGAAUUAUCGCAGAAGUUCAGGAAUUUGCAGGUAGAAGGCGUGGGAAAUAUGAUGGGAAUUGGUUGUUGA